UUCAAGCUGCGCAGGUGUACAAUAGGGGGGCAAAUGGAGAAGUCUCACGCCUAGGUGUGAGCAGAUUAUUCAAAUAGGGGCCGAGUGAAGCAGUAGGGAUUGGAGGCUCGCCCGGGCGCACAGAGCUAUAUCACAGCGUUAAGAGCCAGCAGCAGGCGUCAUUUCAACUGCAGUCAUCUCUGAUACACACACACACACACACAUGCGCCAGCCCUUGACAGGAGGAGAGCACGACGACGACACGAGUGUAUCCCGUGGUCCCCAACAACCACCUUUGGCUGCCAAAGGACACACAAUACCGGCAUUUCUCGUGUGGGGAAAGCGUUUUGAAAACUAGAAGAAACUUUUUUCCAGGAUGCUUGGUGCUGUCAAAAUGGAGGGACACGAACACGCAGCUGACUGGAGCGCUUACUACGGAGAGCCCGAGUGUUACACCUCGGUGAGCAACAUGAACACCGGACUAGGAAUGAACUCUAUGAACACUUACAUGACUAUGUCUGGAAUGAGUUCGACCGCAAACAUGACAGCAGCUAACACCAUGAACAUGUCCUAUGUCAACACGGGUAUGAGUCCUUCAAUGACAGGCAUGUCUCCCGGCACGGGAGCGAUGGCCGGCAUGGGCGCUGGUAUGACGGGCAUGGGUGCAGCCCUGAGCCCGACCAUGAGCCCCAUGGCAGCGCAAGCGCCCUCCAUGAACGCCUUAACCUCGUACAGCAACAUGAACGCUAUGAGCCCAAUGUAUGGCCAGUCGAACAUAAACAGAUCAAGGGACCCGAAGACCUACCGGAGGAGCUACACGCACGCUAAGCCGCCCUACUCGUACAUUUCUCUAAUAACCAUGGCGAUCCAGCAGUCGCCCAGUAAGAUGCUGACCCUCAGUGAGAUCUAUCAGUGGAUAAUGGACCUUUUCCCUUUUUACCGACAGAACCAGCAGCGCUGGCAGAACUCUAUCCGCCACUCGCUGUCCUUCAACGACUGCUUCCUGAAAGUUCCGCGCUCCCCGGAUAAGCCGGGCAAAGGCUCGUUUUGGACCCUUCAUCCCGAUUCCGGAAACAUGUUCGAAAACGGCUGCUAUCUGAGGAGGCAAAAGCGCUUCAAGUGCGACAAGAAACUGAGCAAGGAGCCGGGUCGGAAAACCUCGGAGGGCGGCUCGAACAGCAGCUCUGAGAGCUGCAACGGGAACGAAUCUCCUCAUUCCAACUCGUCCAGCAACGAGCACAAAAGAUCCCUGUCUGACAUGAAGUCGGGUCAGGGUCUGAGCCCGAACCACGCAGCCUCCCCGACCUCCCAAGCGCAGCAUCUCCUGGCUCAACAUCACUCUGUUUUGGCGCAUGAUGGACACCUGAAGCCAGAACAUCACUAUUCCUUCAAUCAUCCCUUCUCCAUCAACAACCUCAUGUCCUCGGAGCAACAGCAUCACAAAAUGGACCUAAAGACGUAUGAGCAAGUGAUGCAUUACGGUUACGGCUCUCCGAUGGCCGGCGCGUUAUCCAUGGGCUCCAUGGCGAGCAAAGCGGGCCUGGAUUCGCCGGACACAUCGUACUAUCAAGGUGUGUACUCCAGGCCCAUCCUGAACUCUUCCUAAACUCUCACGGACCUUGUGACAAUUUGUACAUUUGUAAAAUGUUUGUGUAUGUAUUCUGAUUUUUGACGUUCCCCGUUAAUUUAGAUGUUCCUUAGUAAUUAUUUU